GCAUGGCUGCGGCUCUACGGCUACCUGCCGCAGCCCAGCCGGCAGAUGUCCACCAUGCGCUCGGCUCAGACCUUCUCCUUGGCCCUCGCCGAGAUGCAGAAGUUUUACGGCAUCACCGUCACCGGCGUCCUGGAUGAGGAGACCAAGCUCUGGCUCGAUGCCCCCCCCCCCCCCCGGUCGGGGGAGGAAACAUGGCCCUGCGGGGUCCCGGACCAGUUUGGGGCACGGAUGAAGUCCAACAUGCGGCGGAAGCGGUACGCGCUGACGGGGCGACGCUGGAGCCAGAGCCAUCUCACCUUCAGCAUCCAAAACUACACGGAGAAGCUGGGUCGGUACCACUCGUACGAGGCCGUCCGCCGAGCCUUCCGGGUGUGGGAGCAAGCCACGCCGCUGGUUUUCCGGGAGGUGCCCUACGAGGACAUCCGGCAGAAGCGGAAGAAGGAGGCCGACAUCAUGGUGCUCUUUGCCUCCGGCUUCCACGGAGACAGCUCCCCCUUCGACGGCGUCGGGGGGUUUUUGGCUCACGCCUAUUUUCCCGGUCCUGGCAUGGGGGGGGACACGCAUUUCGAUUCAGAUGAGCCCUGGACGCUGGAGAACACAGAUGUGUCUGGGAACAACCUUUUCUUGGUGGCCGUGCACGAGCUGGGGCACUCACUGGGCUUGGAGCACUCCAGCAACCCCAGCGCUAUCAUGGCCCCCUUCUACCAGUGGAUGGACACGGAGAACUUCCAGUUGCCUGAGGAUGACCUCAAGGGCAUCCAGCAGCUGUACGGUACCGCGGACGGGCACCCUCAGCCCACCAAGCCUUUGCCCACCAUGACACCCCGGAGACCUGGCAGGCCAGACCAGAGACCCCCUAAACCGCCCCCCCCAGGGAAACCGGAGCGGCCCCCCAAACCUGGCAGCCCAGACCGACCUGAUCAGUAUGGCCCCAACAUCUGUGAUGGGAACUUCGACACAGUGGCGGUGCUGCGUGGGGAGAUGUUUGUGUUCAAGGGCCGGUGGUUCUGGAGGGUCCGGCACAACCGGGUGCUGGACAACUACCCCAUGCCCAUUGGGCACUUCUGGCGGGGCCUCCCCGGGGACAUCGAUGCCGCCUAUGAGAGACAUGAUGGGAGGUUCGUCUUCUUUAAAGGUGACCGGUACUGGCUCUUCCGAGAAGCCAACCUGGAGCCUGGGUACCCGCAGCCCCUGGUCACCUACGGACAGGGCAUCCCCUACGACAGCAUCGACGCAGCCAUCUGGUGGGAACCCACGGGGCACACCUUCUUCUUCCGUGGGGACAGAUACUGGCGCUUUAACGAGGACACCCGCUCGGUGGACCCUGGGUACCCAAAACCCAUCUCUGUCUGGGUGGGCAUCCCUCCCUCACCCAAGGGUGCCUUCCUCAGCCCGGAUGCCUCCUCCACCUACUUCUACAGAGGCACAAAGUACUGGAAAUUUGACAACGAGCGGCUCAAGACCGAGCCAGGUUAUCCCAAAUCCAUCCUACGGGACUUCAUGGGCUGUCACACGGAGCUGGUCCCAGACCCUCAUCCUCGCUGGCCUGAUGGGGACCGACCCCCCUUCAACCCCAAUGGGGACGGGCGAACCGAAGGCAAGGAGGAGGAAGACGAGGAGGAAGAGGAGGAAGACGAGGAGGAUUACAGCGAGGGUGGCCGCCAGCCGGGCGGGGACGUGGACGUGGUGGUGCAGAUCGACGAGUACACACGCACCAUGAGUGUCGUCAUGGUGCUGGUGCUGCUGGUGCUGCUGCUCUGCAUCCUCGGCCUCAUCUAUGUCAUCGUCCAGAUGCAGAGGAAGGGCACGCCCCGAAUGCUCUUGUACUGCAAGCGCUCCUUGCAGGAGUGGGUCUGACCCUGGCUCCCUCCCCAAACCGCCCCCACCACCAUGGUGCUAAUGAUGGACCUGACCUCCCCCUCCCCUUGCCCCUCCCCA